UUCGGGUGCUUUCUUUGUAUCAGAUGCCGGAUGAGGAUUACGUUAAGUUGCAAGAGGCGGGAAAGCUGGAACCCAUUCAGCUGCGAAAGACUACGACUUUGCUUCUUGACCCUGAAGCACCACUGUGGAAGAUAGGACUCUCAAACCUCAUAUUCGCAUUCACUGCGAAACGGGAGCUCCAUAUUCCGUAUGCCUUGUUUGACGGACGACCCAAUUCCUAUCAGUUUGUCCAUGGGGGCCGUGUUGAGGCAACUUCUGAAGAUCCCGUAAAGUUUCUCCAUCAGGAAUUCCGCCGAUUGAUUAAGCCUAGAAUCCCGCUGGGGACUGAUGAUUAUUGCAUUCAAGUUUAUGAGCCGAGAGAAGCGUUACAACCAAGCAUCUUAAAGGAUCUCAAAUUGGAUGACAACUCCUUUGAAGACAAAAGCUGCCAUUUUUUCUAUCCAGGGAAGAAAUUGUCAGAGUGGGAAGGCCGAAUGCUCUUAGUUGUUUUUCAGAUCUCUCCCUGCUCUGACAGUUUGGGAUGCUAAAUUCUGACACUCACUUUUGCUUCUGAUAAUGUUGCUUUCGCAGGUUGUAAAUCAUCAGUAUUUGGCUCCUCAACUCGCUGAAAUGUAAUGUUUGUUGUGCUCCCUUUUAUGCUAUCGAACCAAUUUCUUGUUCAAUGAAUUGUAUGUUUGCAUUUAAUGAGACUAA